UGAGUAACGUCCUUGGUGUUUGAUAAAUUCGAAGCUCCCAAAAACUCAAUGAUAAGAUUGAAAAUCUAUGACCUGACUAGACGCUAGAUUUAUGAUUGCCUAUAAUAUGUUCACUGUGCAGUCCUUACAACAGCACAAUUCUGAACCAAUAAAACGGCAGUUUCUUUGAGCUGAAGUAUCGCGAUAUUCUGAUUGUUUGCAAAGAUGGCGGCAUCCUUGAAGAAAGUUGCACAUGAUAUUGAAUCACGCAAACGAACUGAUGAUGUUCUGUUGUCUGAAGGAAUUGAUUUUGGUUCUUUGCUGUUGUCUCAGCCCGUCUUAAAUGGACUCACUGCUGCAGGCUUCCAGAAACCCUCUCCGAUCCAGCUAAAAUCCAUCCCGCUAGGGCGAUGUGGACUGGAUCUGAUUGUUCAAGCAAAGUCUGGCACGGGGAAGACCUGCGUGUUCGCCACUAUCUCCCUGGAUUCUCUGAUCAUACAGAAUCUAGCCACACAGGUCCUUGUCCUGGCACCCACCAGAGAGAUUGCAGUCCAGAUCCAUUCGGUGAUCACGAUGAUCGGCAGCUGCAUGGAAGGCCUGGAGUGUCAUGUAUUUAUCGGGGGAACACCCGUGAGCCAGGACAAAGCGAGACUGAAGAGAUGCCACAUUGCUAUUGGGUCCCCGGGACGUGUGAAGCAGCUGAUUGAGUUGGGGUUCUUGUCUACAUCAGCCAUUCGCCUCUUUGUCUUGGAUGAGGCUGACAAGUUGCUGGAAGAGGGCAGCUUCCAGGACCAAAUUAACUGGAUCUACUCCACUCUACCAGCCAGCAAGCAGAUGCUGGCCCUGUCUGCCACAUAUCCCGAAUCUCUGGCCCAGAACCUGGCACGCUACAUGAGAGACCCCACCUUUGUGCGACUUAAUCCUACUGACCCCAGCUUGAUGGGGUUGAAGCAAUUCUACAAAUUGGUGCGUUCCCACCCUCUGCCCCAUAAGAUCUUUGAGGAGAAGGUGCAACACUUGUUUGAUCUCUUCAGCAAGAUUCCCUUCAACCAGGCCUUGGUCUUUUCCAAUCUUCAUAGCAGGGCUCAACAUCUGGCUGAUAUCCUGUCGCAGAAGGGCCUCCCUGCCACCUGCAUUUCUGGCAGCCUGAGUCAGGACCAGAGGCUGGAGGCCAUGGCCAAGCUGAGGCAGUACCAGUGUCGUGUGCUCAUCUCCACCGACUUGACCUCUAGGGGAAUUGAUGCAGAGAAGGUCAACCUAGUCAUCAACCUAGAUGUGCCGCAAGACCAUCAGACGUACAUGCACCGUAUUGGACGAGCCGGCCGCUUUGGUACUUAUGGACUGGCUGUGACAUACUGUUGCCAUGGAGAGGAGGAGAACAAGUUGAUGGCCAUCGCCCACAAGAGCAAUCUGAGUCUUUCUUCCCUACCAGAUCCCAUCCCCUCCGGACUGAUGGAGGAGCCCUGUGACUGGGAUGUCACUGUUGAAAACCUUAAGAUGGGCCCUGCUUUCGAAUCCUUUGCCAGGUCUGAAAAGAAGAAGAGAGCGAUGAAGCGUGAGGUUCCCCUUUUGGCGCCGUCUCAGCUGGAGGACUCUGGUGCUGAGCAGUGCCCGGAAAAAACUGCGGCCAGUCGGCCGGUAAAAAAAUCAGACCUUGCAGUUACUACAAAGAUAAGCAAGCAGCCAAAAAGAACAACUAAUGCGUGUGAAGCGUCCAUCUCCGAAGCCGUGCGAUCGGAGACGAAACCCCCCGACGUGCCUCAGAUUCCAUCUCUGUCCUCCUUCAAAGUAAAAGCAUGUUCUGCCAUGUCCUUUGAUCAAGCGGUGGCUGACUAUGAGAGCUUCAUCACUGAUGGCCCAGGGCGUUCCGUAGAGGUGGUGUAUCAGUACACCGGGAACAGUGUUGCGGAAAGGCUCCAGAGCAGAGCGCCAACUGCUGAAGUGAACAGCAGAAGACUAGCUGGGGACCAGUCAGUAGAGAGGGAUUCUUCUCCUUUGUCCCCUGGAUCAACCUCUUCAGUCUCUGCUGCAUCUAUGGAGGGAACCUCUGAGUCGAGCUCAGAUUCAGAAGAGGACAGGAGUGAGGACCGGAAUAUAAUGAGCAGUCCGGAGACGGAUGAUGGGUCUGUUUGUGGCUCGAAAGCUUCCGCCAAAAGGCUGCCUGUCGAUCAGUUACAGAAGCUAGACGCAUCGAUAGAGCAACCAACUUCCCUCCCUAAAGCUUAUCUGGAGGAUGAGUCUGAAGAGAAACACUGGAGGCCCAGAAAUAGCAAUGCCAGACCCUGCGAGAUAAAAGACAGGAAGAUGGAGAAAUAUGCCACAGAGGAGGCCUGCGAUGAUGCAAAGGACAGUGAGGAUUACAGACAGGCCUAUCAUCAGGCACGGCAAGAAUACCGUGCUGCAGGGGUCCCACGCUACCCUCAGGGGUCCGGUGCAGCUUACAGCUGGAUGGCCGCAUAUCGAAUGAAUGCCAUCUAUAUGCAGGAGCUACUUAAACAGUAAUCGGCCCUUUUUGCAGAUUCCUUUGAUUGUUAAAAAUAUAACUAUGCUCAUUAGAAAACUCCAGGCCAAGACAUGAAGCUUUUUUACAGAUGGGGUUUAAUUUAUUUUAUUUGUAACUUUCAGGAGGAAUUAAAAAUGUCCUAAGUUAAUGAGUCAAGACUGAUAGGAUAACAUGAGAGUUUUUUGGCCAAUAUUUUACAACCUGGUCCUCGGGGACCCCUAGCCGGUCCAUGUUUUGCUUCCUGCCAGACAGUCCGCAUUUUUGCUUCCUGCCAGACAGUCCACCUUUGGAGAGCUGGGAGACAGCGAAAAUGUGAACCGUCUAGGGGUCCCAAAGACCAGGUUGGGAAACAUUGGUUUAGACAGAAGGCUCUUUUCAGUGAAACGAUGCUAGUUAGUUGAUCAAGAGUGGCUUGCAGGUGGACUGUUUGCGUGGUGGAUGAGCUGUAGGGCUCAGAAUAAUAAUAAAAAAAAUCUUUAGGUAGUUCCGUUGACCUUCUAUAAUCCCUUUAUACUGGAUCAGAAAUAAAAUCUCUUCAUCCAUUCCGUUUUUAACAGCACUCUCAAAUCUUUAUUUGACCUCUGUGGGAAGCUUUCAUUAAUUUAAAGUGCACUUAUGCAUAACAAGUAUCUAGUAAUUUGAGACACUCAUAAAGAUUGCAGCUAGCCGACUGACCAGUCGCACUGAAACUUAAAAAAACCUGUGGAAAACGUACUCGAGGGCACAGGCGUGCUGGCAAAGCCGAAGCAACCACGUGGGUAGAUGCAAGAUUUGCCAUUAAACGACAACCCAGUCUGAAUAUUUAAGUUAAAACCAUGUUUUAAAGGAAGUCUUUAGCUUUAUCUAGUGCUAUGAAUGACAUUUCGAAUAUGAAUUGUACUUUACGCUUUUCUUUGACGGUGGACUUCAUCUUAAUGGCUGCCCAUUGCUCUGUUUUGAUUCUUGCACUUAUUUUUGGCAACCCGGAAAAUCUACUCUUGUGCUGGGCAGUAUGUGGAAAUGAAAUUUUGCAGAUGCUCAACAAUGCAGUCCUGGUUGACCUGGUGGCCAAUGCGGUUUUGCUGUCUUGAGGCAAUUUGAUAAUAAAGUUUUUGACAGCGUUGUAAACUUUAAA